AUUAUGUUCCACCAGCAAAACGUAGAUCUACUGUUUUAUCCAGUCCACCAUCAGUAUCUCUUUCAAUACCUUCUACAUCAAAAAGCCAUUCAUACUGUUUUAUAUGCAAAAAGCCUGGACCAAAGCUAAUUGUUGUUCCAUCACAAGCAAGAUUUUCUGCAUUUCUUAAAAAAGAGGUUAUAAUUCCUGCAGGAUGUCGCUGUUGUCCGGGACAUUUGACGGAAGACAAUUUUACAGAAGAUGCAAUAAGUAAAAUAAACUGUACAAAUGAUAAUGUCAUCCUUAACAGAUCUACAAUUAUGGAUCUUUUGAAGAAGUUACGAUAUACAGCCUUACAAAAUGAACAAUCAAGAAUUGACUUUGAUACAGAUAAAGUGUUAUCUGACUCUGACUUUAUCAAUUUAACCGGUAUAAAUAAGGACAACUUUAAUGAUCUUCAUUCCUAUAUCAAAAAUAUAGUAAGAAAUACACCUACACGAAGCACAAGAACUUCUCUUGGAAUUUUCCUUUUUAAAUUAAAAUCUGGAAUUUCAAAUAAAGUGCUGUCUACCAUUUUCAACAUAUCAAGAUCAAGUUUACGCCGAGCCAUUUCGUGUGUCAGACAAGCUUUAGUUAAUAAUUUCGUACCUGAAAAUUUGGGUUUUAAACACGUCAGCCAUGAUGAUGUUGUUAAUCUGCACACACGACCACUAGCUCAGACUUUAUUUGGGGAUGGAACAAACACACAGGCUAUCUUAGUGCUUGAUGGAACCUAUAUGUAUAUUCAGAAGAGCGGAAAUUUUCAUUUUCAAAGACGGUCAUAUAGUUUACACAAGGGACGACCGCUUGUUAAACCAAUGGUAGUUGUUACUACUACAGGAUACUUCGUGACUGUUCUUGGACCAUACAUGGCCGACUGCAAAAAUAAUGAUGCGGCAAUCCUCAAACAUAUGUUUAACACAAAUGUAGAAGAUAUCAAAGAAUGGGUACAAGAAAAUGAUAUAUUUGUAGUUGAUAGAGGGUUCAGGGACUCAUUGGAGCUGCUUGAUGAUUUAGGGAUAAAGGCACAGAUGCCAAGCUUUUUAACGAAAGGCCAAAAACAGAUGACAACAGAUGAAGCCAAUGCAAGCAGAUUAGUUACUAAGGUCCGUUGGGUAGUAGAAUCUGCUAAUGCAAGAAUCAAGAGAUGGAAGUAUCUGAGCCAUGUUUUACCAAAUAAACAAGUUCCAUAUAUCGGAGAUUAUGUUUGCAUUGUAUGUGGAAUAUCAAAUAAAUAUUUACCGCCGUUGUCUCCAGGAUGUGACAAUGAAGAAGCAUUGGCUGCAAAAAUGUUGUAUCUGUCGAAAAGAGUAAAUACACUGAAACAGAGGGUAGAAGACGAAAAUUUGGAGAGACGUAAGACAAUUUGGAAAGAGCCAGAUAAUCAUACUUUAGACGAUUUCCCACUUCUUGAUGAAGAAGAUCUGAGAAACAUAACGUGCGGUGUUUAUCAACUAAAACUUAGCACUAGCUACAUUCAGGAACACUUGGAGGGCAAUUGUCAAAUUCUUAUACAUAAAGAGGAUGAACAUUUGAUACGCGUGAAACUUCAGAGCCGUCAUGUUUCUUCUAAAACCUAUAUUUUGUGGAUAGAAUACACAUCUGCUGAAAUUACCGCAUGGUACUGUAAAUGCAGAGCAGGAGCACGUGUUGUGGGAGUGUGUGCGCAUAUUGCAUCAAUACUCUGGUAUCUUGGUUAUGCAAGGCAUAAUCAAGAUUUAUCUUAUGGAGUCCAGAAUUGGGGAGCAUAUCUAGAAGAUGCAGCAUCUAUUCCACAAGCUGUAGACGAAAGUGAUAGUGAGGAGAGUGUCGUUGAAGAAUAGAAUAUUGUAUCAAUCCUUGUUCGGUCACUGUCUCCUUGAC